AUGCCUCCCCCGAGACGUAAGGUUCUUGCGACAGCCGAGGAAACCAUGUUUCCGCCCGACGAACUAGCACAAGGGCAAGAAAUUGCGCGAGUCAUCAAAGCCACCGGAAACAACAUCUACUCUGUCCAAUUUCCCUCGAAAAAAACGGCUCUGGUAGAGCUACCGGCGAAAUUUCGAUCCACUAUCUGGAUGAAGCGUGGUUCGUUCGUUGUGGUGGACACAAACGCUCUCGAGACCCGCGACAACAAGCUAGAAGGAGAAAUUGUCAAUAUCGUUCGGGAUGAGAAAGCCUGGCGCAAAACACACUAUUGGCCGAAGGAAUUCGUGAAGCAGCCAGUUGUGGCAUCCGAUGAUGAAGAUGAGUCCAAUGUCGGCAAAAUGCCUUCCUCCGAUGAAUCGGACGCCUAG